AUGGCACUGAAGACGAGUGAGGUUCUGCUGAGAGUGAGGGAGAACCCACAGGAGAACCCACAGGAGAACCCACAGGAGAACCCACAAGAGAACCCACAAGAGAACCCACAGGAGAACCCACAGGAGAACCCACAAGAGAACCCACAGGAGAACCCACAGGAGAACCCACAAGAGAACCCACAGGAGAACCCACAAGAGAGCCCACAGGAGAACCCACAAGAGAACCCACAGGAGAACCCACAAGAGAACCCACAGGAGAACCCACAGGAGAACCCACAAGAGAACCCACAGGAGAGCCCACAGGAGAGCCCACAAGAGAACCCACAGGAGAACCCACAGGAGAACCCACAAGAGAACCCACAGGAGAACCCACAGGAGAACCCACAAGAGAACCCACAGGAGAGCCCACAGGAGAACCCACAGGAGAACCCACAGGAGAACCCACAGGAGAGCCCACAGGAGAGCCCACAAGAGAACCCACAGGAGAACCCACAAGAGAACCCACAGGAGAACCCACAGGAGAGCCCACAAGAGAACCCACAGGAGAACCCACAGGAGAACCCACAAGAGAACCCACAGGAGAACCCACAGGAGAACCCACAGGAGAACCCACAAGAGAACCCACAGGAGAACCCACAAGAGAACCCACAGGAGAACCCACAGGAGAACCCACAGGAGAGCCCACAAGAGAACCCACAGGAGAACCCACAAGAGAACCCACAGGAGAACCCACAGGAGAACCCACAGGAGAGCCCACAAGAGAACCCACAGGAGAGCCCACAAGAGAACCCACAGGAGAGCCCACAAGAGAACCCACAGGAGAGCCCACAAGAGAACCCACAAGAGAACCCACAGGAGAACCCACAGGCAGGCCAGUCUCACGGGACAAGCGUCAACCACCACGCGACUCUCCACUCGUCAGUCCACUCAUCCCCCCAUUCGUCCCCCUCCACUCGUCCCCCCCACAUGUCCCUCCACUCAUCCCCCCACUUGUCAGUCCACUCGUCCCCCCAUUCGUCCCCCUCCACUCGUCCCCCCACUCAAACUGAAGCAGCCAAAGGUUGA